AGACCCUGUGUCUCGGCUGCCCGGCUGAUGGGGCUGGAGCCUGGGGGUGGGGGGCAGUGCUCUCCGUCAGGGGCUGGUCCCGGAAUGGUGCCCCGGGAGGGCUGGGGCCCUGGCAGCUGACCUCUUCCCUCCCCACCCCCCCGCCAUGGGGUCCGGCCCAGCAUUGCAGCGGGAGGGGGUCUGGUGCUGCAAGUGGGGCCUCCACAAAGGGGCGUCCGAGCUGCUCUGUGCAGAGCUUGGCGCUUCCCGUGUCCCCCAGGCAUAGACUGGGCGAGGCCGGGGAGAUGGGGGUGCAGAACCUUUGCCUUGUGGGGCAGGAGGCCCUGGGUGCUGGCUCUAGGGCUGGGCCACGUAACCACCCCGGUGACCGGCUGGCUGCUCGCGAGGUGUCUUCCCAGGGUGCUGAGCCGGGCUUGGGGCGCUUUGCCCCCUUUGCUCCAGGGCGGCCGGGUGUGUGCUCGGCUGCAGGCGGGGAGCGGGGCCUAGCAGCUAGAGCAGGGGCUGGGCACCAGGUUUCUGUUUCUGGCUCUGGCCUGCUGUGUGCUGCUGGGCAGGUCCUGUCCCUGCCCGGUGCCUCAGUUUCCCCUCAGUGCAGUGGUGACUCCUCCAGGGGGCUGCGUGGCUAGUGGGGUGCUGUGAGCACUGGCUGGGGGACUUGGUCAGUCUGGGCCCCACAGCCCAGGUGCUGUUUCCUGGCCUGUCAGCCCAAGAGAGCAACUCCUCUCCCACACGAAACGGGCUGGCAUGGAAAUGGUUAAAGCCGGCCAACGCCCUCCUUCCCUGGCCUCCCGGGCAGGGGGCCAGGAAUGACUGGGAUGUGCCUGCUGGGGGGCAGGGCUGGGGCCAGCCGGCUGGAGCCCAUGGGGCCCAGAACCAGGCAGGCUGCCCUGGGCAUGGAAAUGCAGCCUGGCCUCUCACGUCCAGCCCGGCUGGCCCCAUGCCCUUGUGCCCAGGCUCGGCCCCUGGCCGGAUCCCCACGUUCCCGGCCGGACCCGUCUGACCCGUUCGCCUUUGCAGUUGUGUGCAGUGGAAAGCAAAGCGCUGGGUGCCUGCCCGCCCCCUCUCCCCCAGCCCCACGCUCCCCUCACCCCGCCCCACUUGUGGGAAACUGGAGGGGAAACUAUGAUGAAACUCCUGGCCAGAGCAGAGCCGGCAAAUCUGGUGGCUUCCUCUCUUCCCUUCUCUUCUCCCCCCUCCCCCCGCCCUGUGGUCAGGAGGGCGUGUGGUGCCCGGGAGGGGCUGCUGGGUCCGCGCCCCCCCCAUGCCCAUAUCCGCGUGUGUGUCACGGCCAGGGAGUGAGCGGGCAUGCCCCCCCGUGCCUGAGCGGGGGUGGAGCUGCUGUCACUCGCCAGCGCGCUCCGGCUGCUCCGGCUGCUCGGUCUGAGCCAGGCCGGGAGGGAGGCUGCUCCGGCUGCCUCUGCCGAGAGGGCUGCCCGCCCCACGCCGUGCCCCGCGCCCCGCGCCGUGCCCCUCGCCGCGCCCCGCCCGCCAUGGUGGCAGGGAUGCUGAUGCCGCUGGAGCGGCUGCAGGCCAUCUACGAGCUGCUCUUCCGCGAGGGCGUGAUGGUGGCCAAGAAGGACAAGCGGCCGCAGAGCUUCCACCCGCAGCUGCCCGGCGUCACCCACCUGCAGGUGACGCGGGCCAUGGGCUCGCUCCGGUCGCGGGGCCUGGUGCGCGAGACCUUCGCCUGGCGCCACUGUUACUGGUACCUGACCGACGAGGGCGUCGGCCACCUGCGCCGGUACCUGCACCUGCCGCCCGAGAUCGUGCCCGCCUCCUUGCAGCGCACCCGGCGCCCCCCGGACAUGGCCGCCCGGCGCCCCCCGGACACGGCCGCUCGGGUGCAGACGGUGCCGGGCCUGGCCAGCUGCCCCCCCAAACGCCAGGCGGGCGGUGAGGAGGGCGGGGGCUCGCGCCAGGCGUACCGCAGGAGAGAGGAGACCCGGGAGCAGCACGUGGAGGCCGCCUCGGCGGGGGGAGUGUCCAGGCCGGCCCCGGGACCCAGCCCUGCCCCAGGUUAG